ACUGGCAGCGCAAGCGUUGUUGGUCAGUGUGAAAUGCUGGGAGUGCCUCACAAGACAAAAAAUAUUCCCGAAUAAAUCUGUUGCUUUAUAUCGGAAUAACGUUGAAGUAACCCAAGAGACUUCUGACAUUCUGAAACCGUAGUGACUUAAUUAAUUUUGCGUGAAUCUCUAAUUGUUCGCCUCGACACAAUUGUUUUGACGGCCUGUUGCUUGCUGGCUAACGCAGGAAAUCCUCUAACGUUAGCUAGCUGAUAGACUAAUUUAGUCUGUGCCGAGGCGAGAAAAAAAGGAGCUGGUACUGUUUAUUUUUGUAGUUUUCGUAGUUACACAACUCAAAUCCAUUUAUCAAAUGGAGAUUGAUCCGUUCAUGAACUAUAAUGGUGGAUUUAAAACAUCGUAACAGUCUGACUUCUUCCUUAGCUAGUUAGCCUAGCUAACUACUUAUUCCACACAGUGCUUGCUAGCCAGCAAGCUGAUGACGUUUAUUAGUUAGCUAGCGUUUGCUGGUUGAAGAUCUGGGAAUUUUUGGUAUGAUUUCUAAAGUCAAGUAGCUAUUUACUAAUUGGCAAGUUAAAUUGUAUGUAAACUUCGAGUAUGACACCGUUCAAUGUCAAUUGAGAGUAAUUGGCAGGUUGCUAAAUGUGUCGGCUAGCUUGCUAGUAAGUUAUCUAACGUUAGCUACGUUAACAUUAGCCCAACUACUCUUAUCUAAUCAGAAACAAGGUAACUUCAGCAAGGUAGGAAAGUUGCUCCAUCAAGUGUUUUGAACAGUGAGACAAAAGGUUUAUGUAAACCAUUAAUUAGCAUUGAUUAAUCAGAUUAUUUCCCGGAUGAAUCUUCACUGUAGAGAGUGGAUGUUGUCUGGUUCUGCUGAUUUCGUUUGUUAUUCUUGGCACUGCUAAUAAAAAAUAAAAAAAGGCCAGCACGUGAGCAGCUGCGGGUCAGACAAACUUACUCAUCGGCCCUUGCUACAGACCACACAAUGAGUCGCUAUCUGCCAGUUGCACGACAGCACUUCUUUGGCGCAUUAGCCAAUAUGAGCGUUGUGGUGAAGUCCAUAAGUGCCAUAGUGCUCCUUCUGUACCUGCUCUCAUGGGCAGUUGACACUCCAUAUGCCCUGGGCGUGACACCUGGCUACCUCUUUCCCCCUAACUUCUGGAUCUGGACCCUGGUGACCCAUGCCGUGGUGGAGCAGCAUGUGUGGGGAGUGGCAGCCAACUUGGGGACUGUUAUGGCCUGUGGCCGGCUGUUGGAGCCUCUGUGGGGCGCCUUGGAGCUGCUCAUCUUUUUCACUGUGGUCAACAUCUCUGCAGGCCUCCUGGCUGGCCUCUCCUACUUGCUCACGUAUGUUGUCACCUUCGACCUGGACUACCUAUUUGCGGUGCGCGUCCACGGGACACCAGCCCUCCUCGGGGGGGUGUUGGUGGCCCUUAAGCAGACCAUGGGGGAUACGACGGUGCUGCGGGUUCCCCAGGUGAGGCUCAAAGCUGCCCCGGCGCUGGUCCUCCUCUGCUUUUCCCUGCUCUGCCUCUCAGGCCUGCUGGAGAGUGCCGCCCCACUGGCGGCCUACAGCUUUGGCGCCCUGGCAGGCUGGGUCUACCUGCGCUUCUACCAGAGGCACAGCCGGGGCCGUGGCGACAUGUCAGACCACUUUGCCUUUGCCUCCUUCUUCCCUGAAGUGGUACAGCCGGUGGUGGGGCUGCUGGCUGGCCUGGUGCAUGCAGCCCUGGUGAAGAUCAAGGUUUGUAGGAAGAUGGUAAAGCGCUACGACGUGGGGGCACCUUCCUCCAUCACCAUCAGUCUGCCAGGGACGGACCCCCAGGACGCAGAGAGGAGGAGGCAGUUGGCGCUGAAGGCCCUAAACGAGCGACUGAAGAAGGUGGAGGACCAGUCGACCUGGCCAAGCAUGGAUGACGAAGAGGACGACAAUGAGGAUGAAGUUCGGACCGACACUCCCCUGCUCUUGGGACAGGAGAGAACGUCGCCAGCAGGGGGGUCUAGCGGCUCCCAGAACACCACGGGACAGGAGUCCAGCAUUAUCAGCUUUGAAGACGCCCCCUCCCGCUCAUAACAGACACACUGAUACACACUCAGUCAUGCUUAGUUUUGACUAGCAUACACUACAGUGACUACACACGCACACAUUAGCCCUAGCAGUUUAUGACACAUUGUCAACAUUGUCAGGCCUAUCAGUUUUAGUCUGACUACCCGAAAUUGUAUACAGAUCGCAUCACGGACCCAUCGCUCCCCCGGGCCCACCCGCAUAUGUUCAUUGAAACGUUAAUGCAAUGUACAAACAUAUUGGUUGGACUCUCCCUACCUACCACUUCGCGUCUCUCCUAAAUAAAGUAUUGAAUGGGUGCACAAAGUGUUUCGUAAAGCUCUUUUGCCCCAAAAGACAGCUGCUCCACACCUGCUGCUCGUCUGGCUCCCAGAUUUUGUGACUGAGACACUUAGACUGGAGCAGAGACUCUUGGCAAACUCCCCAUCUGUUGCUGUGUUACUAUUGUCCCAGAGUAAGCUUUCAGCAGACGGACAGAGAUUCUCAGCGGUUUUCUAGGUCAUCCUUUUGUCCUGAUGGGUGUUUAAUUUUCAAGGUCAUAUACGUCUUUUCUCUUGUCUCCAUCACUGAAAGACUGAAAUGAGUCUAGGUUUACCCCACAGCUGUUUUACCGCUGUUAGAUCUUAUGUUUCCUAAAUUUGUGGGAAACCUGAUAAUUUGACAAGUUGCUCUGUGGAUGAUGAUGCGUUUCCUGUACCUGUUUUUAGGGGUUUACUUUUGCUCUGAAUUCUUGAGGUGAUUUUCAGAAUAUCAACUACUCUGAGUCAGAGUUGGAUUACUAGAUGGGGAACCAUAGCCAUAAUUGAAUAAAGGGGAUGUGGGUGUGUCUUCCUCUUUGUUCAUACUGUUGAUUUGAGUUCUGGCAGAAUAUUUUGUUCUGGCCAGAAAGUUUUGUGUGUGUUUGGAUUUAGGUGAAUGAGUGUGUAACUGGGAGAGGGAGUGCACUAGAUUGUUUACACGGUGGCUUCCUGUCAUUUCUCACUGGUUUGCCCUGAUAAAGUUCAGCAGCUUUUGACAAUGGCAGCAAUAGUCACUGAUGCACUCUUGACAGGCUUUCUUCUCACUAAGGAACAUUUUGUCAAUCUCUUGUUUGUUUCUUUGGCUACAUUCCCACAGGCAGCCCUAUUGACUUUUUUUUCACUAAUUGGUCUUUUAACUAAUCACAGAUAUUUUUCAGAGCUGACCUGGUUGGUCAAAACGCAGCUUUAGACAGGCAGCUCAAUUCUAAACUUUUUUUCACUAAUUGGUCUUUGGACCAAUCAGGUCAGCUCUGAAAAAGCUCUGAUGUGAAAAGAUCUGAUGUGAUUGGUGAAAAUACCAAUUAGUGGAAAAAUAUAAGAAUUUGGAUGCCUGUCUAAACGCAGCCUUAAUGCAGCCUUUCUGGUUUCUCUUUCGUCCCCUUAUUAAUCUGUCUCCCUGUCUCAAUGUUGGUUAAGAUAAGAACUGCACUCUUAAUCUAACACACAUAGUGUAUUUAUGAGGUUUGUUAAUGCUAGUGGCAGUACCUGUUUGUGUGGAUUGACUGGAAAUGUUUAGGUGUGGUGAAUGAUGGCAAUACUGAUGCAGUUCUGUUUAAUUUGUUGGUGGUGACUUCAAGGCUUGGUUUUCACAUAUUGUCCCUGCACAGGACAGUUUUCCCGGAUUUCCACUAUUGUUGUGUUUCUUUCUACUGUGGCCAUUGCAGAUUCCUCUUUAGUUUCUUAUCUAUUUGUUUAUCUCUAUAUGAAAUAAAAUAUGAUUGUAUGACAUGUAACAAUAAAUUGUAUUUUUGCAACACUG